AUGGACCUCUCAUACGAGAGCAAAGACUGGUACCUGCCAGCAUUGGCAACAGGAGGAAGUGUUUCGAACUUGGAUCGACAACAGAGAGUUUUCUUGGACGACAUAGACUGUGACGACUCUGAAACCUUUGCUAGGGCCGUACACAACGCAGACCCUGCUCCAUCGACAUCUCCCAUUGGAAGAUCAUUCAAGUGCGGAGGGAGUUGCGAAAAUCCAGGGCAAUGCUGCAUCGAAAAACUUCAGAAUAUCGUAUCUCAGGCUGAGGUGGCGGCAGAGGCUGUUGCCAAGUCAUGGGGCCGGAAUGCAAAGGGCAACAAAGAAGGAAUAUCAAAGAAGCCCUCUGUAGGACAACUUCUCUUUCCUGGCGCCCAAUACUGCGGUGGGUGCAGUCGUUCACCAUCAUGGGAUGCGACCGAGUUGCCUAGCCAGUGGUUUGCUAGACUGGAGGGUAGAAAUAUGGGUAGGGUCACGCAGGUGUCGACUACAAACCUUUCCAAGCUGCUUAAUGUGCCGCCUACCCCGGGCUUCCUUCUUGUCGAAAAAUGGGUGUCCAAGACGGUAUACAAGCUGGAAGGUACGAUAUCACAUACCACGGCGGCAACGGCCUGGACGUUGGCCGAGGUGGAUAUGCAGUGUAUAGCUCAUGCAGAGAAGACUGAGGCCCGAGCCACGCAAAGCUUCCAUCGUCAUGCCAAUGAGACCGGGGUAGACGAGGGUAUAUUCAGAUACCAAGGCCAUAUUCCUGUCUUGGGAUGCCCGCAAGAUGAGCUGGCCUACCAGAUGUUCUCCGUGGGAUUACUUCGCAACGCUCGAGUGUUGAGUAAUGUCAUGUGCAGCGUGGAGCUAUACCAAAUUGCAGCUCAACUUCUCCAGAUGAGAGAUGCUACCAUGGCUUCCGGACUCGACACCCAGAUAGGCAGACUGAGGACGUCUACUACAGCUGCUUCCUUUCCAAAGCUUCCUCUUAGGGGGCCGCUGCCCCCCAAGCUCAGUGGUUAUGCCACCUGUCCCACGGAUGCCUACAAUGCGCUCUGCGACCGCGAGCGUCUGAGGGGAGGCAUGCGCAAUACAAGCUUAUUUGCCAUGGCACUGGGCUACGAUAGAGGUGUGUAUGGCGGCAGCAUAGCCGGGCUCUGGGCCCUCAUGGACUCCUCAUUCAUGUUCGACUACUCGGCAGGCACCCUCAAUACACAUCUUGCCGAGAAGCUAAGCAACACAUUUGCCGUUGUGCGCGGGCAUGAUACCGGAAACGUUGAACUGAACGAGCACUUGUUAGACAUUGUCACGGUAGUAGGGUGCAAUUUCACAGCCCUCAAAGCAAAAGCGGCACUAGAAGAUGCAAGGCAGGGCCUCAAGUCCCAGCCUUGCGUGGCUAUUUGGGAUGAUUUGGCCGCCUUGUCACGAUAUAGACUAGCCGACGCUGUCUUUUGCCAUGUCUGGUAUGACUGCCCCGGCGACGAGGCAAGCUUGGCUAUGGUAGGAACUGGUUGUGCGGUCCAUGACCUGAUUGACAUUGGCCCGGACAUUUCAUGCGGCGGAAUUAGCAACAUCAUCCCUUCGUUGACACGGGGCGACCUGUCGCUGGAAGCCUUGUGGUCUGUAUACGUAGGGGUGAUAGCUGCGGUAGAGUGGUAUGCGAAAAACGACCCCUUCAACACCGGGGCGCUUGCAAUAUUGUUCACGCACUGGUGGCAAUUGGACAACUUGCGACAUCGGACGGUGGCUCUCAUGAGUAGGAUCGCUCCGUCGGCAGAGUAUGCCGUAUGCCCUGAGAAGCUUUUAUUAGCACCUACAUUUAGCACCUUUACAAGCCAGAACGGUCUGACAUAUAACACUGGCCAGCUCGUCAUGGAUAGUCAGAGGGUCGAAUUGGACCGUAUUGAAGAAUCGGGCUUCAAGGAUCUCCAAGGCGUAAUCACGAGACUUGUGCGCCCAGUGCUAGACUUUGCAGAUGGCAGAGACUCCCGCUUGCCGGUAGAGGCCACCUACUGCGCAGAUGUCCUCGAAGCUUGCUUGUCUCGCAAGCAUUCGGAAAAAAUAAGGCUCAUGUGGCGCCUUAUGCUGGUUAUGUGGAAGUGUGGUGCGAUGUGGAAUGUCGUGCUGGCCAGCACACAGUACACUCAUCAGGGCUUCACAAACUGCGAUCGUGGACGGGACGACUAUAAGGACAAAACCUGGAGUUAG